ACCACCCUAACACAUACCCAUACCCAGACAACGUCGAAAAUGAAAUUCAUCAUCCUCUCCGCCCUCUCCCUCCUCGCUGUCUUCGCCAGCGCUGACCCGCUCGGCGUGAAUGUCGGUGCGGAUGUCGGCGCCAAUGCGGCGGCUAAUGUGGCGGCGAAUGUUGGGGCCGGGGUUGGGCUUGAUGGGGUGGAGAUUAUUUAAUCUUUAUUUUAUUUCAGUACCUGGUUGAGGAUCUGGGGAAAGGUAUGUUUUGGUAGUUGUUUCUUGGGGGGGGCUGGGUGCUGAUUUAAGUAUAGGGUUGUGUUCUGAGGAGUGGGUAAUUGGUAAUUGGUUUAUUUGCGAUGGGUAGAGUAUAGAUACGG